AUCACUUUUCCCGCAAAAAGAGUAUGGAUCAACAAAGAAUGCGCAAAAGCAACAAAUCUUCCAAUAUGAGGAAGAGAAAUAUCAGAGACAAGAUUGAGCAAGAGAGAAUGUCAUUCCUAAGAGGCAGAGGUGGCACAACUCCACAGGGACAUCAGCCUGGCCAGUACAACCCAGCAGGAAGAACAGCUUAUAAUAGAGGUCAGAAGCCAGGGAAAUACCAAGCUGAUAAAUCUUGUUUUAACAAAGAGAACAGAAGCAUGAAUUCCCAAACUAGAGAGAGACCAGAACUCAAACAGAGAGGCAGAGAAUACGACUCUUUGAAGCCAAACAAGAGAGAUAUGAAACUUGCAGGGAAGAUUCAUGACAGCGUUGAGAAAAGAACUGGCUCUGGUCCAAGAAAUCUUAGUUCUGUGCAAGACCAAAGAAGAGAAGCACCAAAAGCAGAAGGAGUAUCUCACAAAGAAACAAAUCGUUCGAAAGAGAGAAAUGAUGCUAAUAAAAAUACUGAAGAUAGUUGGUUAGCACAAUGGAAAAAGAGGCAAGCUGACAAAAAGAAGAAGGAAGAAGAAGAGGAGAAGGAAACAAAGAAAGAAACUCAAGCACCUGUUAUGCAAAAGAAGUCACCAGAGAGAUCUGGCAUGUUUGACACCUUAAAGGAGAGAUUGGAAGAAAAGGAAGUGACUUCAAAACCAACCCCUCAAAAAGAAUCUUCUGAGAGAGUCAGUUCAUUAGAUGCCUUUAACAAGAGAAGUGAAGAGAAGGAUUUCUCUGAGUCAGUUCCACAAAAGAAGUCUACCGAGAGAAUCAACAAUUUUGAUACUUUUAUGAAAAGAAGUGCUGAGAGAGAAGAUGCUCCAAACCCAGUCACUCAAAAUAAAUCACCAGCAAGAGUUAAUACUUUUGAUGCCUUUAUGAAAAGGAGUGUUGAAAGAGAAGAUGAAGCUCCAAAGCCCGCUCUACAAAAAGAGUCCCCACAGAAAACUAAUUCCUUUGAUGCUUUUAUGAAAAGAACCGAUCAAGAGGAAACUUACGAGCCAACUUCUCAGAAGAAAUCCCCUGAAAGACAAAGCUCAUACGACACCUUCAUGAAGAAGAGAGACCAAGCGGCUGAACCAAAGCCUUCAGUUGUAGACCUAACUGAAAGAGAGCCUAGAGUUGAGAAAGCACCUUCUGUAGAGAAAGAGUCACCAGCUCCUUCAAAAUCCCCCGCCAAAGAAAACUGGUUUGAAAAAUUUAAGAGAGGACAAUUAGAGAAGGAAGCCACUAAGGCUACUGAAGAGGUCAAGAAAACUCCUUCCAAGCAGGAGUCUUCAGUUGAUAGGAGUGCUCCUUCUGGUAACUUCUUUGAUAGACUGGAUAAGUCUCAACAGAAAAAAGUCACUCCUGUGAAGAACUUUGAAAGAUAUUCUAAUCAGCCUGAUAUCGGAUAUAGGGAACCUCCAACUCAGAAAUCCUCUCUUGGUGAUAUCUAUAAGCAAAAAUACCAAAAAUUGGAAGAAAAUCAAGAAAUUGGAGAUAGAUCUGAGAAAAGGGAAUCUUCCGUCUCUCCAGUAAUUGAGAAGUCUCCAGAUUAUCACAACAAGCUCCAAAAGGAAGAGCCAAAACCUGCUGGUAACUCUUUAUAUGGAAGGAAUCCUGAAAGGAGCCUUCCAGAAGUAGAGAAUAGCUACCAAUCUCAUGAGAAUGAGCAACUCUACUCUAAUAGUAAGGAUUACUAUAACGAGAGCAGAGGAUAUCCAUUAACUUCUAAGGAUGCUGAUAUGCAUGAAGAACUAGUACCAAAGCCAACCGAGAGAACAACUAUUGAGAUUGAUAGAGAAGAGAUUGUUCUUGAGGAUGAGAGCUCAGUCAGGUAUGAUAAUCCAGCUCCAGAACCUCCUGUAGAAGAAGAGAAAGAAGUCAGGACUGGCUUUGAAGCCUUCAUGGAAAGAAAAAGACUAGCUGAACAGCAAAAGCUUGAAAAUGUUGAAGACUCUGAUUCUGAAGUUAGAGCUAAUAAAGGUGAAGCCAAUGAUUUCUCUACAUCUGAUAAGUACAAAGGCAAGGGCCAAGAAGACAAUAGGAGAUAUGGAUAUGGUGGAAAAUGACCAAGAUCCUCUCCAUUUAAGAAGCAUUAUGGGUAUGGAGAAAUUCCAAGGCCAGAAUCCCCUAACUUCAGAGAGAACAAUUUCUAUGAUGCUAGAAGGCCACAGAAUGACUUUAUUGAAGAAUCUGAGGAGAUUAGAGAGCUAAGUAGCAAUAUGUUCAACAAGAAAGUUGAUGAUGAGGACAGACAAAGACCACAUGUAAGUUCCUCUCCUACAAAAGAGCAACACCAAGAUGACCCAAUUUAUCAAGAAAACAGUACUCCACAGAGACAAAAAGAUUACUAUAACUCUGAAAGAAGAAUGGAUUAUGAUAAGGAGUCUGACUACCAUUUCAAUGAUAACCAAGGCGAUUCUCAUUUAGAGCCCACUCCUUCCAAAUAUAUAGACAUGAGAAAGGACUCCGAAGUAGAAAGGUCACAUCACAAUGAGACUCCAAUGAAUUACGACAACAAUGAAGAGUCAAUCCAAGAUCUCCAAAGAGAGUCUGAGAGAGAUUAUCCCAUCGAGCCAGAAAGAGACUACCAAACAAAAGCUGUUGAGGACUACCAGAGAGAGCCUGAAAGAGAUUACCACCAAGAAGACCAAUUCAUCGAAGAAUCCAACCAAGAGUACAAUGAGCCUCCAAAAUAUAGAGAAGAAGAAAAAGAGCACAGAGAAAAUUCUAGAGGCUAUGGGCAAGAGUCAAGAGACUUUAGAGAUGAUCAAAUGCAAUACAGAAGACAAUCUCAGGAUUUCAGAGAUGACCAUAGAGAUAAUAAGGAAGAAAAUAAAGAAUAUUCUUACCAGAACCAACAAAGAGAAGAAAGUUAUUAUAAUGAAGGUAGAAGAGAAUCAGAGGAUAUCCCAAGAGACUAUGGGACCCCUCAAAAGAAUUAUGAUUACCAUUCAAGAGAUCAUGAGAUGGGGUCUAGAGCUAUGCACGAACCUGAGAGAUCAUAUGAGAAGCAAGCUCCAAACCCAUAUACCCCAGAAAUGAAUCACGGCGGAAUUUACAGUGAAGAUUCAGUUAGUGCUCAGCACCAAGCAAAUACUUAUAGCAAUGCUCCUCUAGUCAAAGAGAAGCCAACCAUCUCUGAAUGCGUUUAUGCUGCCAAGAAAUCCAUUAUGAAUGCUGUUGUCCAAGUUGAAAGUAAAUUCCCUGAAGAGUUCCUCAACAACCUUAAAACUGAAAGUUUCUCUUACAAGAGUGAUAUCCUUUAUGGCAAACUUGACCUUACUUUGGGACAUAAAGUCUUCAGAUCCCAACUCGUGCCAACCUUUGAAGAGGAAAUGGAAAAAUCUAACAUUUGAUUGAACCUUAUCUUCGGUGAAGGUAUCACCAGAUGGACAAGAACUAACAAAGAAGCAAUUGAGAUGUUCCUGAAAAGAUUCAAAUCAGUCGAUUUAUUCCCAACUCUCAGCCAGUUGAGACUGAUUCUGGACUUCCAUUCUACCGUUCCUACUGUAAGUAUGACAUCCGUCCAGAAGUUCCUUAUUACUAGCCAAGCUUCGAUGAUUGAGAAACAAUAUGUUGUUGAAUGGAUUUCAACUAUUUUCGGUCUCAAUCUUUCUUGCAUGAAAAUGGCAUCAAUUGAAAUCCCUCAGAAUACAGAAGAUCAAGGAGAACUUCAAAUCAAAUUAAUGGCAUUAUUAUGUUUGUUCUACGAUUUACAACCCCAAGAACUGAUGGAUCUCCAAUUGAUCUCUGUUGUUUAUCUAAAGCCACAUUUCUGCUUCAAGAGUGAGUGUGGAAACUUCCUCCUGAUCCUCCCAGUAUGCUACUCAAACAUUCUUCACAAACUGAUCAGUAAAUGCGAGACUGCCGAGACAAAGAGUUGCUCUCAGGCUAUUGGACAAGAUCUUUUCAGAAGCUUCUGUUAUCAUGGCAAGAACAGACUUUUCUCUUCAAUUGAACCUGAAUUGACAAGCAUCCAGAAAGAAAUCAAAGAGACAACCGAUUAUAGCUUUAUCUAUGCUGAUCCUACCAAAUUUGUGAGGGUUUUCGAUCCUUCCCAAAGAAAUGGAGAGGCUGUAUAUCCAGCUCAUAUCGUAACAAAGGGAGACAAAGAGAUUCCUUUGAGAUUGUUCGACUCAGGAAUGGAGAUCAUCCACUCUAACAACUCAUUUGAGACGUCAAAAUUGUUCAGAGAUUCCUUCAAGCUUGAGAUUGGUUCAUCAGCUCCAUCACUAAAAUGCCAGAGUACUUACAUUAAGAAGUUCAGCGUUUUAUAGUCAAAUAUCCAGAAAAUAAUUGAGUUUCAAUAAGUGUUG